UAAUACAGACCUAAUUUGAUCAUGGCAGCCCAAUAAGAUAAUGGAUUCUUUCCUAGCUACUUACAAUCAAUAUUUUUCUUUAUUUUCUUCAUAUUUUUCCAAGGAUAUGAACCUAAAAAUACAAAGUAAUACAAUUGCUAUUCAAGCAUUCCUUUGGGAUAUGGAAAUAUUUAAUAAAAGAACAUUACUAAGAUUAUUGAAUAUAGAUGAUUUUCUUAAUUUAUUUUUUCAUAUCCAAGUGGACCAUACUAACCCUAAAUUUUCCAAGCAAUUCAUCUUUAUUUCAACUCUCAAUAAUUACAAUUGUGUAAAAAACUCCAUAAACAUCAUUUUUCUAGUUUUAAUAGUUAUCCACAUGGAUGACUUUUCCCUUAUAUCUAAGAUGAGAAAUUAGAUGUUAAUGGUCAAUCGAAUCGCCGAGUGUUAUCGUACCUACCAAUUGGAUCACUAUAUACAAUGGUAUAGAAUAAGGAUAGAGGUUUCUCCACAUUCCUUUUACAUAGAGUUUCAUUUUUAUUUUAGUUUUUGUCAUAAAAUAUGAUGAAUUUGUGUCUGAGGGAGUCAUGGAGACAGCAAGUUAUUAUGAAACAUAGUGUAACUAUGAUACAUAAUAGGGAUUAGAAGGGUAUGUUGGAAUUUCCACUACAAGUUAGGAUAGAGUUAGCAGUAGAAUUGGUACUACCUCAAAAGUAAAAAUGUAGAAUACAAGAAAGAAACCAAAAGAUAAGGUUGAGGCCUAGCAUAAAAUUAAUUAGAUUAAAAUCAUAUCACAUGAACAUGUAAUUUAGCAUUUUUUUUUAAUUCCAAGAGCAUAACAAGCUAAUUACUUUUUUUCUUAAUUUUUUAUAGGUGUAUCGAAGAAAAUAAUUGUGACAGGUAAUAUUCUAUUCAUACAUAUUUUAUUAUAGAGAUAAAGAUUCUUAAUUUGGUUAUUUUAUCUAUUUAUUUAUAUAAAAAAGUUUAAGUUUUCUUCUUCUUAUGUACGCAAGUGCAAUCUUUGGUUUCUUUCUUCUCGUGUUAGUGAUUAUUAUGCUUUCUCGUGUCUAUAGCUCAGAUAAAGUAGAAAGAGAUAAUAGAGUAACGUUUAAAAAGUUUCUAGAAGACUAUGAAGCUCUCAAACCCUCAAGAUACUCCUAUGCUGAUGUUAAAAGGAUUACAAGUCAAUUCAAAGAUAAAUUAGGCCAAGGAGGAUAUGGAACUGUGUACAAAGGAAAGCUUUCAGAUGAAGUUUUUGUUGCAGUAAAAAUCCUUAACAAUUCUCAAGGAAAUGGGGAAGAGUUCAUCAAUGAAGUGGCAAUAAUGGGUACAAUCCACCAUGUUAAUAUAGUUCGCUUAAUUGGAUUUUGUGCUGAUAGAUUUAAACGAGCUCUAAUUUAUGAGUACUUACCAAAUGAGUCAUUAGAGAAGUUCAUAUUUUCAAGAGCUAUUAAGAACUAUUUACUUAGUUGGAAGAAACUUCAAGAAAUUGCUAUAGGUAUAGAGAAAGGAAUUGAGUAUCUUCAUCAAGGUUGUGAUCAAAGAAUCCUUCAUUUUGAUAUCAAACCUCAUAAUAUAUUACUUGAUCACAACUUUAAUCCAAAGAUUUCUGACUUUGGUUUAGCCAAAUUGUGCUCCAAGGAACAAAGUGCAGUCUCUAUGACAGUUAUAAGGGGAACAAUGGGCUAUAUCGCUCCAGAAGUGUUAUCUAGGAAUUUUGGGAAUGUGUCUUAUAAGUCAGAUGUUUAUAGUUUUGGAAUGUUGUUACUUGAAAUGGUUGGAGGAAGGAAGAACAUUGAUGUUAGUGUGGAGAGUAGUAGCCAAGUAUACUUCCUAGAAUGGAUUUAUAAUCAUUUGGAUAUAGGAGAAGAAUUGCAUAUUCGAAUUGAAGAAGAAAGAGAUGUUGAGAUUGCAAAGAAAUUAGCAAUUGUUGGACUUUCAUGUAUUCAAUGAUGUCCAGUGGAUCGUCCUUCCAUGAAUAUUGUGGUUCAGAUGUUGGAAGGAGGAGACAAGUUAACCAUGCCUCCUAACCCUUUUGCUUCUACAGUUUCAACAAAGACAAACUUGAGCAAGCCAAGGAGAGUUUUUCAACAAGAGUUGACAAUAAUUUCAGAAGUAGAGUAAAAAUAAUUGUCCACAUGUUCAAAUUAUUAUGAAUGUAUAAUUUGAUAAAAAUUCA